AUGCGCAUCAUAUUCAUCCCUUUCCAUCCAACCAUCUCGAUAGUUACCUUCAACGUGAUCGGAUACCCCUCCGCACCCACAAACACAUUCGGAGUCUCUAUCAACGGCGUCAUCACAAAGCUGGUCGCUGACGAAACCACCUUCCCUGUCUGGAAGGGUGUCGUCCCCACCGCCACCUCCUCAGUCUCGUACCAAUACGUCGAGCUCAACGCCGCGGGAACCGCCGUCAAGACCGAGUCCUUCUCCCGCACUCUCCCCAAAGUUGACAGCACUCACAGCUACAACGAGUUCUUUGAACGCCCCACCACCAAGUUCGCCCUUCCCCCUAUCCCUUACACCUACCUUGCCACCUGGCCCUCUUACACCAAGAUCUUUAACGAUGACGAGAUUGCUACUAUCCAUGUCACCGCUGACGCCGCCCAGAUGGCUACCCUCAAUGCCAACCCAACCGCUAGCAGCAAGGACAUACCCGACAUCCGAGUCACCUUCCGCUGGAUCGACCAUAACGAGAUUUAUACGCAGUACAACAUCUCGUUCAUCAAUUCUGGCAAAUCCUCCAAGGAGCACCGGAAGCAGGCCUGGAGGUUUGACUUUGACACCGAUUACAACCAGACCUUCUUUUCGAGGCCACACGUCAAGCUGAGGUCUGGGGCUUCGGAUCCGACCAUGUUGAGGGAGAAGACUUAUAUUGAUCUACUCAACUCUGCGGGUAUCCCGACUCAGCAGGGGCAGUAUGUGAGGCUGUUUGUCAAUAACCAGCCUUAUGGAUUGUUCCUGAUGGUGGAUGAUAUCAGGAAGUCGUUUAUUAAGCAGACUAUUCAUGGUGGUUAUCCUUCUAUUGUUAGUGGCUCCAUGGUCCAGAUGAACGCACCCGGGGGCAACAUAGAGGCAGACCUCAUCUAUAAGGGCCCCACAAGCGCCAACUACGACGAAGGCUACGAUAUCAUCAACAUCGGCAACAGCCCCAUCACCGACCCUCUCCAACAACUCAUCACAUUUAUGAAAGACCUCCAAGACUUCAACCCCGCCACUACACCUAACCCCAUCGCCUACUGGAACGACACCCGCCUCGACUUGGAUGGUUUUCUGCGCUGCAUGGCUCUCGAGUACCUUACGGGCGCCUUUGACAACUACUGGAGGUCGGGAUCGAACUAUUUCAUGUAUUUUAACCCGACCCUGGGCGCGCAGGGCAAGUGGCAGUGGAUCCCGACGGACUUUGAUGGCACCCUGGGGAACGGAUACCCGGGCUCGACUAUAUUGUCGUACCAGACUUGGGUAGACUUCGCGCCCAACGACCACCCCCUCGUCUCAAAGCUCAUCCUCAACAACACGGCCAUCAAUCCCCACUUCGAACAGACACUCAAAGAGCUCGUCCAAACCGUCUUUAAGCCCGAAGCCUUCUUCCCGCGCAUCAUGGCCUAUAACCAGAUGCUAUCCCUCGAUUACCUUUGGGAUGUCUCGAUUAACCGCACGGGACCCGGAAAAUUCAACGGAUUCACUUUUGAUGACUUUAACAAUAAUUUGGUCAAUGACACCGGGCAUAUGAGUUAUUCAGUCAAGGGGUGGAUUACGGAUAUGAGUACCUUGGUGUCGACGCAGUUGAAGUUUGAGAUCCCGGCUGGAGUUCAGAACAGGGUGGAUCCUCCUCCCAAGCCGACCAAAGGCUCAGGAAAGAAUGGUGGUGGUGGUGGUGGUGGUGGUGGUGGUGGUGGUGGUGGUGGUGGUGGUGGUGGUGAUGAUGGUGAGAAUGCGUCCGGGAAUGGUGCUGCUACCGGGAGGUCCAUGGCUGGUGGCGCGGUGGCGGCGGCUGUUGUGGUCGGUGUUGCGUCGUUGGUUUCUUUCUUGUUGUAG